AAGAGGACAUGGAACAGAAUAAUGCAACAUUGCUGACAGAAUUUGUUCUCACAGGACUUACAUAUCAACCAGAGUGGAAAAUAACCCUGUUUUUGGUGUUCCUGGUGAUAUAUCUCGUUACUAUUGUGUGGAACCUUGGUCUGAUUGUUCUUAUCUGGAAUGAUCCACAACUUCACAUCCCCAUGUACUUACUUCUUGGAAGUUUAGCCUUUGUUGAUGCUUGGAUAUCUUCCACAGUAACUCCCAAAAUGUUGGUUAACUUCUUGGCCAAAAACAAGAUGAUAUCUUUGUCUGAAUGCAUGAUUCAGUUUUUUUCCUUUGCAUUUGGUGGAACCACAGAAUGUUUUCUCUUGGCAACAAUGGCAUAUGAUCGCUAUGUAGCCAUAUGCAAACCUUUGCUAUAUCCAGUGAUUAUGAACAACAGACUAUGCAUACGGCUGUUAGUCUUGUCAUUUUUAGGUGGCUUCCUCCACGUCUUAAUUCAUGAAGUCCUUAUAUUCAGAUUAACCUUCUGCAAUUCCAAUAUAAUACAUCAUUUUUACUGUGAUAUUAUACCAUUGUUUAUGAUUUCAUGUACUGAUCCUUCUAUUAAUUUUCUAAUGGUUUUUAUUUUGUCUGGCUUAAUUCAGGUAUUCACCAUUGUGACAGUUCUUAACUCUUACACAUUUGCCCUUUAUACAAUCCUAAAAAAGAAGUCUGUCAGAGGCAUAAGGAAAGCCUUUUCCACAUGUGGAGCUCAUCUCCUAUCUGUCUCUUUAUAUUAUGGUCCCCUUCUCUUUAUGUAUGUGCACCCUGUGUCUCCACAAGCAGAUGAUCAAGAUAUGAUAGAUUCUCUGUUUUAUACAAUCAUAAUUCCUUUGUUAAAUCCUGUUAUCUACAGUCUGAGGAAUAAGCAAGUAAUAGAUUCAUUCACAAAAAUGGUAAAAAGAAAUGUUUAG